GCAAACCGGUUCCGUUUCUUCUCAUUUUCCGUGUGUCUUCGAUUUUUAUAAUUGUCCUCGGGCGUCUACAAUUUGUUUAUAUCUGUGUGUAUCAUUGUAUCCGUUAUAAAUGAACUCUACAAAAUGAUAUAAGCUUCAGCAGCACCUGUUUGUAAAGACAAUUUCAGGGGAAAUAAUGCGUUUGGAUAAAAAUGCUUUUGCGUUUUCGUCGUUAACUCUUGCAUCCCGGUUGAUGAACACAACGUUCUACUUUUAUUACGUCAAACUAUUUUUGGACAAAUAUCAUGUGUCAGAACCGUGGUUUCAAUUUUCUCAGGUUGUGUAUAUGAUAUGGAAUGCAUUGAACGACCCACUGUUUGCAUAUUUCCAAGAAAAAUCAAGCUGAGAUUUCUGUAGAAACAGACAAAAAGCGAUUUAUUAUGGGGCACCACUUUGGGUCUUGUCGUAUUUGUUACCAUGGUUUCCAUGGACAAAUUAUGAAUCAGACCCAGGAAGUUGGAUUUCUGGGAUGCAUUUGAUGAUAUCAUUGUUUGCUUACGACGCUCUUUACACAUUUGUACUUCUAUCACAAUGUGCAUUAUUUGCUGAAAUGUCUGUGAAACAUGAAGACAGAUUACGACUAAUCAAAUAUAAUCAGGUUGCUUCAGUCCUAGGAAAUUGCAGUAUUUUUAUUACUGGUGUUGUAUCGAAUAACAUGGAGAAUUUAUUCAAUUUACAACUUUGUUGUAUUUUUAUUGCUGCUAUAUCAUGGUUAUUUAUACGAUACUGUGCACUAAACACAACUACUUUAUAUGAUAACCAUAUAACGCCUAAAAAGCAGAAAGAUUCAUCAGGAUCUGAAAAUGGCUAUAAGAUAAAAAAUCACGACGAUGAAAUGAGUUUCAAAGCAGCUUGUCAAAUUACUUGGCAAAUUUUAUGCAAUAAGAAUUUCUUGAGUUUUGUAAUCAUGAAUUUUUUUCAGGUACUUCAUCAGACAUUUGGUACAAAUUUUCUCUUGAUAUUUGCUGAUCACCUUAUUCCAAAAUAUGCUUUAUCUUCCUUUGAAAGAAGUUUUAUUUAUGGCGCUUCAUUCAUACUACCUCAGGUUGUUAUUAUUCUUAGUGGAAGUAUUAUUGAAAAGUAUGGAUCAUUUCGUAUUAUCAUGGCCACAUUUUAUGCACAAAUAUUUUUUGCAAUUGCGCAAUAUUUUAUUGGGAGGAAUCACUAUUAUUUUGUUGCUCUAUAUCUUGUUUUAGAAACGACUCUUCCUUCUAUUGCUGCAAAUUUUACAAGUAUUAAUAUCGCCGAUGUAAUUGAUGAAGACAUGGCCAUACAUAAUUUGAAAUUACCACGAUCAUCAAUGAUAUUUGGAACGAAUGCAUUGGUAACAAAACCAGCUAUUUCUCUUGCACCUAUGAUAGUUGUUUUUAUAUUGAAUAGAUAUGACUAUGAUUCUUUGAAAGAAUCUGGCAUCAUCAAAGAGGAAUUUUCAUCAAAAGAUGCCAUACAACCUGACACAAUUGCAAUUGACCAACUGCAUUCAGUUAUGUUUAAUUUCAUGUGCUAUUUUCCUAUAGUUUUAUCCAUUAUACGAAUCUUCGUAUGGAAUCGUUUUCAAUUAAGAUCCUCUCAUAAAAAGGAUGCAAAGUAUGCUGAUAACGGAGAAUUAUAUUGAAGAGAUUUUGAUAUUUUUAUUUUCGAAUCAAGCAUAAGCCAUACAUAUAAAAAAUUAUCUAAACCUAGCAAUCCAUUUCCACACUUUGGUAGACAAAUUUGCUAUAUAUACUUCAUAUUGCACUUGUAUAAUAAUGAAAUAAUCAUUUAUGGCCCAUGCUUGAGUAGACUAAAUUCUUAGAUAUAACUUAUAUUGCACUUGCUUUAUAAUGGAAUUAUCAUAUUGAAUUUACCCAGUAUAUUGCAGUUAUUUUUAUUUAUUUUACAACUGCAUUUUUUAUUCAGCACCAAAAGUCAUAUUUGACCAAACCAUAUAUUGCAAUUUAUUUAUGUUAAAGCAAAAUUUUUCUAUCACGAUGUAUCCAUCUAUAAAAAUUGCUCAAAUUACCUUGAA